GCGCAGGGAGGGCGGGAAGAGGCGGAGCGAGCGGCUGGAAGGGGGAAGCGGGGCGCGUUUGGAGGCGGGAGUCUUCCCUCUGCUCCGGGGAGGGACCGGGAUCGGCCGGGCUGCGGCGUGAAGAAUGGCAUUUCAGAAGGCGGUGAAAGGAACUGCUCUCGUUGGAGGAGGUGCCAUAGCAACAAUUUUUGGCCUCUCUCAAUUUUCUCAGUAUAGAAACAAACACGGAACCUUUGUGCACGUUGAAGCUGCAGAAGCUGUGACCGUUCCCAUCAAGGACCAUUUCCCUACAAGGGAAGAGCAGAUCUCGGCGUUGCAAACCAUAAGUGAAUUUGAUGUCGUCGUUAUAGGUGGGGGAGCAACAGGAUGUGGCUGCGCAUUGGAUGCGGUCACAAGAGGACUAAAAACAGCCCUUGUAGAAAGAUAUGAUUUCUCAUCGGGGACCAGCAGCCGGAGCACUAAAUUGAUCCACGGUGGAGUGCGGUAUCUUCAGAAGGCCAUCAUGAAGUUGGAUGUUGAGCAGUAUAAGAUGGUCAAAGAAGCACUUGAGGAGCGUGCAAACCUGCUUGAAAUUGCUCCGCACCUCUCGGCUCCGUUGCCAAUAAUGCUGCCAGUUUACAAGUGGUGGCAGUUGCCAUACUACUGGCUGGGAAUAAAACUCUAUGACCUUGUGGCAGGAAGUCAGUGUUUGAAAAGCAGUUAUGUCCUGAGCAAGGCCAGAGCCUUGGAGCACUUUCCGAUGCUACGCAAGGAUGAGCUUGUGGGAGCUAUCGUCUACUAUGAUGGACAGCACAACGACGCCCGGAUGAACCUCGCCAUCGCCCUCACUGCUGCCAGGUACGGCGCUGCCACUGCCAAUUACACUGAAGUGCUGCGCUUGCUCAAGAGGACGGAUGUGGCCAGCGGGAAGCAGCGCGUGUGCGGAGUGCGCUGCAGGGAUGUCCUAACAGGGCAGGAAUUUGAUGUCAAAGCCAAAUGUGUUAUCAAUGCUACGGGACCUUUCACAGACUCCGUGCGCAAAAUGGAUGAUGAGGAAGUACCAAACAUCUGUCAGCCGAGUGCAGGUGUGCAUAUUGUCAUGCCUGGUUAUUACAGCCCUGACAACAUGGGUCUGCUUGACCCAGCCACCAGCGAUGGGAGAGUGAUUUUCUUCCUGCCCUGGGAGAAGAUGACCAUCGCAGGGACGACAGACAGCCCGACGGAUGUUACGUCCCAUCCCAUACCGACAGAAGAAGACAUAAACUUCAUUUUGAACGAAGUGCGCAACUACCUUGGUGGUGAUGUUGAAGUGAGAAGAGGAGACGUGUUGGCAGCGUGGAGUGGCAUUCGUCCUCUGGUCACAGACCCCAACUCCAAAGACACGCAGUCGAUAUCCCGGAAUCACGUUGUUACCAUUAGCGAUAGUGGCCUCGUCACCAUAGCAGGUGGGAAGUGGACAACCUACCGUGCCAUGGCGCAGGACACCAUUGACGCAGCCAUCCAGGCGCAUGGUCUGAAGGCGGGUUCCAGUAAGACCAUCGGGCUGCAGCUGCAAGGGGCUGAGGACUGGAGUCCCACGCUCUACAUUAGAUUGGCUCAAGACUAUGGGCUAGAAAGUGAGGUGGCUCAGCAUCUGGCUUCAACAUAUGGAGGCAAAGCUUUUGAGGUAGCCAAAAUAGCCCAAGUGACAGGAAAGAGGUGGCCCAUCGUUGGAAAACGUCUUGUGUCUGAAUUUCCUUACAUUGAAGCUGAGGUUGUCUAUGGCGUUAAAGAGUAUGCCCGCACGGCGGUGGAUAUGAUCUCCCGACGCACUCGCCUGGCCUUCCUGAACGUGCAGGCUGCAGAGGAAGCCCUGCCAAGGAUCAUAGAUAUAAUGGGGAAGGAACUCAACUGGAGUGAGCAGAAAAAGAAGGAAGAGCUUGAAGCUGCUAAAAGAUUUCUCUAUUAUGAAAUGGGCUACAAAGUGAAAUCGGAUCAAUUAACAGACAGCUCGGAGAUCAGCCUAAUACCUACAGACAUUGAAAGGUACAAGAAGCGAUUCCACAUGUUUGACAAGGACAAGAAGGGGUUCAUUACUAUCCUGGAUGUGCAGCGUGUCCUGGAGAGCAUCGGCGUGCAAAUUGCUGAAAACACACUUCAUGAUAUCCUAAAUGAAGUGGACCUGAACAAAAAUGGACAGGUUGAGCUCAAUGAGUUUUUGCAGCUGAUGAGCGCCAUUCAGAAGGGCCACGUCUCCGGCAGCCGGCUGGCUGUUCUCAUGAAGACUGCCGAGGAGAAUCUGCGCCAGAGGGUGGUGAUUCCGGUAGACCGGAGUGGCGGUGGGCUGUGAGUUCAACCGCAACGUCUGCUUACAGUCACGGCCAACAGAGACACGUAGCUGCUGAAAAACAUUCCAGUGCUCCUGGCUGUCCCUGCUUCUUGAAGACAACCGGUACCUGUCUAUCGGUGUAGCUCUUACACAAAUACGUUGGUGCAUUCAGUUUUGUUAUUAACAGUUUACCGUACAGCUCUUAACACUCCGGUAUGUGGCCUUUUGGAUUGGGUAUCCUUUAGAUGUAGGGGUUCAUUAACAGGAGGUCGGGAAUACAGCUUAGAAAGGUUUGUGUGCAAACCCGUGCACGUGCUGCCUUCUUCAUGAACUUUUAUAGCACCCUUACCUUUGUGGAUGCUCAAAGUGAAUCCUGCCCUUAAAUGCAUUGCGUUGAGUUUUGCAGAUGCAUGUUUAGUGUUCGAAAGCUACUGAUCUGUCCUCUUCCAUGAGGAGCAAGAGAGGCAAUGCUGAGGUUUGGAGGUGUUGUCCCAAAAGGAAUGAAAAUUGGUUAGCAGUUGCAGUGAGGUGCCGUCAGGAACCUCCUGCAGGGUUUGCUCUUCCCAGUGCUCCGUGAUUUCAGCAGUGCCAAUGCCUGGCCAGGCUCAAAGAUCAGCAGGGUGAAUGUGGAGAACUACGAGACAGCUUGAUUAAUCACCCAAGCUGAUAAUUUAGUUAAAAGCUAGGGGACAGCUCUCCUUUCUUCCAGGUUAAUAAAAAUUCUCUCCCUCCAACGAGCAGCAUUGUCUGGCACAGGGCGAUGCUGAAAGUGCUGCUCGCUGUUUCGGGGCUGGAGAAACACUAGGGAUGGGUAGGAGAUGGCAGGUUUCGAUAGCGUAAGUCUUAAUGUUUUGUUUAAAAAUGCUUAAACACAGAACUAGGAUGUUUGUUUGGCAUUCUACAAAAGUGGAAGGGCUCUUUUUCAGCAGGAAAAUAUUUAAAUGUAAUUGUAUUUCAUUUAUUAAUGAAAAAACUCAAGCUAGGCCCAGUGAUGCGAGCUGAUUUCAGCGAUGUUGUCUCUGACUCUUUGCCUCUGUUGUUGGAUUGAUGAAGGUGAAGGUCGGAUGGGAGGGUUCUGACCGGUGUAGGACACGGAAGGGAUGCAUUAUUGAUGGAUUUGUCACACUGUGAUGUUCUCAGAGUAUAAAUAACUAAUUUACAACUCUAACCAAGCCUCAGGUCCGAGGUGUCGGAAUUCCUGUUUAUGUAAAAUCUAUAUUUUAACUGAUGUCCCCUUUCCACAAUGGAAAAGAAGGGAAUGAACGGCAAAGGUUGCUUUGAUGUUUCAAAUGGAAAAUGGUUGCGUCCACAAGCGGAGGUGCUGAGGAGGGGUGGGGGUGGCACGGGGAGUAGGGGCGCUGUGCUCGUCGGGAGAGGCAGAGCCCUGUUAAAGAAAAAUUAACAGUUCGGGUGUUUAAAAAUAGCAAAGAAAAGGGCAAGGCUCGUUGAAAAUUUGGGAGGUGGUUCUGUUCCUGUCAGUCUGGGGGAUGGAGCUGGUCCCAGUAAAAAGCUUUUUGGGUGGUUUUUGCACGUUAAAUGUUUUUUGAUGCUGCCUUGCACCGAGGCGCAGCUCUCGUUAAGAGUUACGGCUCAUCUGCUCCAAGCCCUGUGCUGGUGAGGCACGGUCGGUGGGAAUGAGGAGACACCACUGUCUGAGAUUGUUUAGGAAAAAAAGCGGUUUGUUUUUGCAGUCCUGGAAACUUAUCUUUUAUGAGCUGUGUUCUGCAGUGUUCGCGUGAAAUCUGUGAUGUUGAACACAGUUUCCGAUCCCCAGAUUCCUUUCAGGGGGUUCUGAUCCGCUUUUCAGGUCAGGACGCAAGUGCAGAGCAAGAGGGCAGUGCAGGAGCAACACCCAGGUUGGCGCAGUGAGCACGGGGAGGAGGGAAGGGGCUUGCGAUUCUGAAUUGACAGUAAUUUAGGGCAAAAAAAGUAAAAGCAAUGAGACCAUUUCCAUGCCAGACAGAGAAAUAUUGACAGCGUUUAACAUUUUAUAUGAUUUAAAGACAAAUUCUCCUCCGCUCCUGUCUGCGUGGCACUGUUAAGGGUUAAUAGCACAAGUUUACGUGCAAAGCCAGGAUUUUCUGCUUUGUCCCCAAAGUCUCCUCUGUAUUUUUGUAACAUUGCAUGCAGAAGGUGACUUUGGGAAUGUCUUGGUUGCAUGCGUGUGUCCUGUGAUUGGAAUUUGCUUUGCAUCCCAGGCACUUUCGUGCCACGCUUGCUAUGUCUUGGCCAGCCGGCUCCGUGUGGCUGCCCUGGGUGCCGGGAGAGGGGUCUGUGUGUGCGCUGAGCCAGACUGCGCCCGCACGGAUAACAGCCAGGAGUAUUUAUUGCUCAACUCAAACAGCCAGGAGUAUUUAUUGCUCACCUUACUGUUGUUUGCAGGGAUUUGGCUUUGCUGUGUUUGUUUUUUAUGUGAAUUAAAGAGUUAUGAACUGUCCCUGCCUUGCGUUGUUCUGCUCCUACGUGGGAAAACUGAUGUGAUUUCCCUUUUUCCCCUUUUUUUCCUGUUAUUUUUUUGAGGUGGGAGUUGGCUUUCUGGAUGGGGGGAGGGAUGGAGGGGUAUUUGUGUUCUAAAUAAACUGCACUCCCGAUGGGGAGUGUCUCUGCAACGUGUGUGUGUAUGGACACACAUCCACGCACGGAGUGCGUUCCACACGUGGCACUUGGGAAUUCUGUUAGGAUCCUGCUCUAGACCGAACUGUUAAGCACUGUGUUUGAGGCCGGGAUGUCAUUUUUAUAACUGUCUUGGUGUUUUACUGCUGUUAUUUAUUACUUUUGAUAUACAGAAUGAGCCGCAUGCAUUUAUGGAGCAAUAAGAGAAUGUAUUUAAUGUGCCUUGUUUUUCACUGAGUACGAACUGAAAGCAUGAAUCAAUAAAAGUCAUUAAAAGCGGUCCCUUCCCUGGCAGUUUGUUAUGGC